AUGAAGGCAAGUUCCCAAGGCAUUCCCCUGCGCAUUUUGACGCAUAACAUCCGGUAUGCCACUACCUCUCCAUUCCAAGGUGAGCGACCUUGGGAGGAAAGAGCCCCAGGGCUUCUCAACGAGCUCCUCUACAAUACUCACAACCAGGAUGCUUUCAUCUGUCUACAAGAAGUCCUUCAUAAUCAACUCGAAGAUGUGAUCUUCAGUCUUAACGCGCAUCACUCCUGCGCGUCAACUGCGAAACCAGGGCCCCCAAACUGGGCCUACAUCGGUGUUGGUCGUGACGAUGGGAAACACGCCGGGGAGUACUCGCCUAUUUUCUAUCGCCCCUCCGUGUGGAAGCUCCGACAAUGGGAGACCGUCUGGCUUUCCGAGACCCCUACUAUCCCGUCCAAAAGCUGGGAUGCCGCAUCGAUCCGGAUCGUGACGAUUGGCGUUUUCACUCAUAAUAUCAGCCGCCAAACCGGUCUCACUCCAGGUUUUGAAGCCGCUCACAUUAUCCUUCGUAAAAUCCACGAGUACCAAAAUGGGCGGUUUGGUCGGAUUCUAUCCGGGGUAUUCCUUUCGGGGGACUUGAACAGCCAAGAAGAUCAGGAGGCCUACACUGUGUUGACGUCGACCGAUUCCCCACUGCUCGACUCUGCAAAGCUAGUGAAUUCCAGUAAGCACCACGGUAACGAGACGACUUGGUCUGGCUUUGGGUACGAGGGAUUAGAACCCGGCCGCAUUGACUACAUUCUCCUAGGGCCAAGAGCCAAAUAUGUGACCACAGAGGGCCAGGAUCAGUCGUGGGAUAUGGAGGGAUAUGCCGUGCUGGCGAAUCGAUUUGACGAUGGCGUAUAUAACUCGGACCAUCGGGCGGUAGUGGUUGAUGCAAUGUUGCGUAGUUGA